GUGUCUGUUUGCGUCUCUGCGUCAUCGUUGCAGGAGUUAAAAUACCUCCAAGAGCACGUAGGUUUCAGCUGCUGCAGUUAUAAAUAAAGCAGUCGCUGCUUUGACCUGCUGGACUGAAAACAUGGCGCCGACGCUGUUUGACAGUGAACCAAAGCCUGGUGAUCUGAUUGAGAUCUUCCGUGGGACUUAUAAGCACUGGGCGAUCUACAUUGGAGGACAUGAAGUGGUUCAUUUGAUUCCUCCAACGAACCCAGCAGCUGACCUGGGGCCCAUCGGUGACCUCCUGACGCUCUUCGACAGCAACACGGCGACGGUGAGGCGUCAGAAGAUCUCGGACGUGGUCGGUUCCAGCCGGUUCCAGAUCAACAACCUGCUGGAUGACGAGCGUCGUCCUCGUGAGCCCCACGUCAUCGUGAGAGACGCCUGCAGGAUGGUGGGUCAGGAGCUUCCCUACAACGCCGCCACAUACAACUGUGAACACUUCGUCACGGAGCUGCGAUACGGCGACGCCGAGUCACGGCAGGUUCAGACAGCAGCUGUGAUUGGAGGUGUAGCUGUUGCAGGUGUUGCCCUCGCAGUUUUGGGCGCUGCUCUGUUUUCCAGCUACAACAAAGACGACAAUACAAGAAGACAUCAUAAGUGAUGGCGAUAUGACAGAAAAAAUAGAAAGUUUUGUCUUAGUUUAAGUCAGUUCACCUGGAAGCGAUUACAUGUUAAACAUUCUGAAAAAUGCUAAGUCUUUCAUGUUUCUGUCUGUCUAAAAAGCUAGUUUUAAAUCAUAUUUUAUUCUUCAGAUGUUUUCUUUUUGAGAGAGGGUUUCUUUGCUGUAUAACACAGUUCUUGAUAUGUUAAGUGGUUGAAUCUAAAAGCUGUAAAUAGAGAAAAAUGUACAUAAACUUUUAAAACUUACAGUUUUACCAUGUUAAUUUGUGAAUAAAUAAAUGCAAAUAAAUCUGAGAAAAUUUA